UCGACUUUGCAUAUGGCACAUCACAUCAAAGUUCUCUGUUAAGUUACCACGUGACGCUUAUAAUGAGUAUUGGCGUGAAUUUCAGAAAGCCAUAUGGGAUACUGACAAUAAGGAUGAGUUUGAUGCAAAAUGGAAUAUUGUGGUUACAAAGGCUGGUUUGACUGACCAUCCAUGGCUAAGUACAAUGUCUCGACUUGCUUCAGAUGUGGUUGAGGAUGCAUUAAUGAGUGAAGAAGGAUGUGAGGUACUGUCAGAGACUCUAAAAAGUUUGCAGGUGAAGUUGAAGUUGUUGAAGGAUGGACCAAGUAAUAACGAAGUUGGAGGGUCCAGCUCUCAAACACAAUAUAUGAAAGACCCUAAGAGAGUGAGGUGCAAAGGAAGGUCGAAAGGAGUAACGGGAGCAAAGGAAAAGGCAAUGAAGCGAGGGAUUAGACACGGUCGGGAGUGUGGACACAUUGGUCAUGAUAGAAGACAAUGCCCAGCCUUGAACACACCGACAUCACCGUCGAACAACAACGAAUCAACUCCAAUACAUCGUAGUGACCCAUUAUUCGACGAUUUUGACAGGAUGCACGGACCAAGUGAAUGAUUUAUAUUUGUAUUAGACGAAAU